AUGGCUCCAUCUUCACUCAAAAAGCUCGGGGCAGCUAUCGCCUUCGCUUCCGCGGGGAGGGUCGCCGCCCACUCUCCUGACCUCCUGGGGAGCGUUGUUGAUGCCAUAUUCGGCGAGGCACCAACACCCACACACACGCAUACGACGAGCUACGUGACCGGGACCUCGACGAGCGUCAACGAAGCCGGCGAGACUACCGUCGUUGUCGUAGUCGGCACGACAAUCUGCCCCGUCACCGCCUCCGAAGCCUCCGAGAGUUCUGUACUGCCUACCGAGACGAAUCCCGUUCCAGUCCUGACCACAGCGACGUCUGAGACGGCCGCUGUGGCCGAGACACCCUCACACUCCGCCUCAGGGUCUGGCGUCGGCAGCACUUCGCUUCUGCAGAACUCGACUUCUGUGCCAAUGACCACCAGCACAAUCUUUGCGACCCACUCGUCGACGAUCACUGCUUGCCCUACUGCUAAAUCCGAUUGCACCGUUGGAGAUGUCACCACCGUCGUUGUCGCCCUCUCAACGACCGUCUGCCCUGUCACCGCCACCGAGGGCCUGGGCAACUCUACCAUCCGGCCUACCGCAUCCGGAAACAUCCCCGGCUUCGGCACCUCGAGGACCGGCGCACAGGGCGCCACCACCCUAACGGCGUCUCCAUCCCGCUCGUCCUCAGUCUUCAUCUCAUCCAAGUCCGCAGUGGGCUCCGGAUCCUCAUCCGUCCGCGCCCAGUCCACCAUCACCAGCCCCAGCGUGGUCCUCACCACCGUCUCGGCCUCGUCCACCACCAAGUCCAAGUCGGAGGACUCGUCCGUCCUCGAGAUGGCCACGGGCACGCCGUCCGACUACUCGGCGGUCUACACGGACGCCACCGAGACGGUGGCCGUCCCCACGGAUGCCACCGCCACCGCCACGCCGACCACGACCAACUACAACGACGCGCUCAUGAGCCUCGCCAGCUCGGUGGAGGCCUCCUCGGCCGCGCAGACCAGCGGCAGCUGCCAGGGCAUGGACUGCAUCGUCGUGCAGUCCAACUCCGGGGUCAAGAGCAAGAUGAACGCCAGCGGCUUUGCGCUGGUCGCGCUUGCUGGCGCUGUGUUCUUGCUUUAG